AUGGCUCCUUCACUUUUUCUUCCAUUUCUCAUCACAUUCCUUACUUCAACUGUUGCUACUAAAGCAAUUGUUCCACCUUCAAAAACAUUCAAGUAUGUUAACCAGGGUCCAUUAGGCGAAUACAUUGUCGAGUAUUCAGCUGACUACCGAACAUUGGACAUUGUUAAGUUCCCCUUUACUCUUUGUUUCUAUAAUGCCACCCCCAAUGCCUUCAUUCUAGGUCUACGAAUGGGUCACCGUAGAUCUGAAUCUGUCAUGCGUUGGGUUUGGGAUGCCAAUCGUGGUAAUCCGGUGCGUGAAAACGCGACAUUGACCUUUAAUAGUGAUGGAAACUUGGUCUUGGCAGAUUCUGAUGGCUCAGUGGCAUGGCAAACCAACACGGCCAAUAAAGAUGUCGUUGGUCUAGACUUGUUACCAAAUGGCAACUUGGUGUUGUACGAUAGUAAAGGUAAAUAUGUUUGGCAAAGCUUUAAUUAUCCAACGGAUACACUCUUGGUGGGCCAAGCAUUGAAAGCCUCGGGUGGCCCAACUAGGCUCGUGAGCCGGUUGUCCAUCACUGAACCUUCUAGUGGACCGUAUACCUUUGUCAUGGAGCAAAGGCAUUGGGCCAUGUAUUAUCAAAGCAAGAAUUCACGGGAGCCUUUGCUUUACUACAAAUCGAAUGAGUUUGGAAAUGGGAAAGGCACUUUGGAUUACCUUGAUUUCUAUUGUGAACCAGAGUAUGGUGGAACUUUCGCAUUCGAGCUCGGGUUUAGAUUCAAUCUAAGCAACUCAAAUAGUUUCGGGACAAACAUAUUCUCGAGACCCAAAUACAAUAGCACUUACACUAUGUUCCGAGUUGACACUGAUGGUAACCUAAGAAUGUAUACUUACAAUACAAACGUGGAUUGGGGUGCCUGGGACAUAACAUACGUGCUCUUCGACAGGGAUAAUGACCGAGCAAGCGAAUGCCAACUGCCUAAACGAUGUGGAUCAUUAGGAGUAUGCGAACAGGAUCAAUGUGUCGCAUGCCCAAGGCCACAGGGCUUGCUAGGAUGGAGCACAGCCUGUGCAGAACCGAUGCUCCCACCGUGCAAAAGUGGCUCAAAUGCAGAUUACUACAAGGUUGAUGGUGUUGAACACUUCACUAGUGCAUACAAUGAGGGGACUGGACCCAUGAAGCUAGCCCAGUGCAGAGACAGGUGUAGCAAAAAUUGCAAAUGCUUAGGUUUCUUCUAUAGGCUGGAGUCUUCAAAGUGCUUAAUGGUACCAGAGCUUGGCACUUUAAUCAAGGUUUCCGACCCCUCUCAUGUUGGCUACAUCAAGAUUACCAAGUAA